AAAAAACAAAUUCGAUUUUGACACAAAUCUCAAUAUUUAAUGUCCAAUCACGCCUAGCCUAUUGUUUAUAAUAUGCAUAUCAAGCAAAAAAUAUAAACGAAAAAGUGAUUCUCAUAAAAAAGCAUUAAAUUCGACAACACAUCCAAACUACUGCACCCAGCUAUGAAAAUGCCGGGAUGGUAUAGACAGUCGAUCGGGAUAAUAUUCGUAUUAUUGGCAUUGGGAAUUAUUGGCUCGUCGAGUGGUGCUACAACGCACAAACACGAACACCAUGGUCACAAAGAGCGGACGGAAGAUGGUAGUUUCAGUCCUAGAGAUUCACAUCAUCACGGUGAUAGUGGCGAGCAUAAUGUUGAAUUUGAUCACGAAGCGAUUUUAGGAAGCGUCAGGGAAGCAGAAGAGUUCGAUAAUUUAUCACCGGAGGAGUCGAAGAAGCGCUUAGCGGUUUUAGUGACUAAAAUGGACUUGAAUAGCGAUAAAUUCGUUGAUCGACAUGAGCUGAAAGCUUGGAUAUUGCGAUCGUUUCGAUCACUCAGCGAAGAGGAAGGAAGUGAACGAUUCACCGAUAUCGACGAGAACGAAGACAGUGAGAUCACGUGGAAAGAGUACAUAAAAGACACCUACGGCAUGGAAGACGAAAAUGAGCCGCGCGAUCCCUUCCAAUCGCCACAUGCCGACGAAGAGGAUAAACUACUAGCCGAUGAUCGUGUUAUGUUCGAUGCAGCCGAUGCGAACCGUGACGGCAAAUUGACAAUCGAAGAGUUUAUCGUAUUCAUGAGCCCCGAAGAGCACAAACACAUGCUGCCAAUCAUUUUGCAGCAAACUUUGCGGGACAAAGACCGAAAUUCGGAUGGCAAAAUCGAUUUCCAGGAGUUCGUCGGUGAAUCGGCUGAGAAUCACGACAAGGAAUGGUUGCUAACGGAAAAGGAUAAAUUUGACAGUGACUACGAUUUGGAUUCGGAUGGUGUGUUGAAUGGAAAUGAAAUACUUGCGUGGGUCGUUCCGAGCAAUGAACAAGUCGCUGAAGAAGAAGUCGAUCAUUUGUUUGCGUCCUCGGAUGCUGACCACGAUGACAGACUCGCGUACCAGGAAAUUAUUGACAAUUACGACACGUUCGUUGGAAGCGAGGCAACGGACUACGGUGACCAUUUGCAGAAUAUCGAACAUUUCAGGGACGAACUGUGAAAUGUUUGUUUGCAUAGAACAACAAAGACGAGAAGAUUUUUCGUUUCCUAUAUUUAUUCUGCCAAAAAAUAAUCUCGCGCCAUUCAACUGAGUUUGCUCAGUUUUUUGUAUUAUUUUUUUUCUCUCGUAAAGUAUUCUUUCACCAUUUUUGUAUGUUUGUGUUGCGUGUGUCAAUAUACCGAAUAAACAAUUCGUCAAUAGAUGUUCUAUUGACUGGUAAA